CACGCUAUAAUAUAUAAUUAAACGCCCGUGUGUCAAGAAAUACUCACUGAUAACUAUAAUCAUACUGUCCAACAUGGAGGCGGAGUCAUUACAAAACGUUAGUGACGUAAUAAUAGUAAUAAAAUGUAAAAAAAAAUAAAUAAAUAUAUAUAUAUAUAUAUAUAUAUAUAUAUAUAUAUAUAUAUAUAUAUAUAUAUAUAUAUAUAUAUAUAUAUAUAUAUAUAUAUAUAUAUAAAUAUAUAUAUAUAUAUAUAUAUAUAGCGAUAUUGGUAAAAAAAAAUGGUACCUUACGAUAUAGUGGUUUAAAGUUAAUGUAUAUUUUGUUGUUAUAUUUUACUUAAAAUAUAUUAUAAUGAAACACAUAAUAUUCUCUCUAACCUGCGUGCUUGAUAAAAAUGCAAUUAUUAUAUUUUGAGCAUAACCCAAGCUCGCUCUCUCUCUCUCUCUCUCUCUCUCUCUCUCUCUCUCUCUCUCUCCCCCCGCAAAGAUUUGAGGGCAUUUAUUGAAGUUUCUUUCAGGUAUAAGGACAGGCCACUUACUGUCCUGUCAGAGGGUUUGUGUGGUGUGAACUUCUAUGUAAAUCUACGUAAAUCUCCCUUUGAUUAUAGGGAAAAUCGCCAGACGCAUGUCACGCGCGGCGGCAGUGACGGUGGUGGUGGUGGAGUUUGCGGUGGUAGUCUGGCUAUGAUGGUGCCGCGCGCAGGCCCAAGGCAAAGGCUGAGCUUACUUGGUUCAGACGCGAAAAGUGAAGCAAAACCGAAGAAACUCUCUCCCUCGACUUUUCCCUCGUUCAGCCGCCUUUGCAUAUCGUUUCAGAAGUAUUUAUAGUGCCUUUAAGUGGUUGUGCAUCCUGUGCCUUCAGUCAUCAGCCAAUAUUCUGCUUAAAUACUCCGUCCAUAUUCAUAAAGACUCAAAACUGAAUAAUAAAUACAGUAUAUACACAGUUGCUCAGCCCGUCUGUGUUCCUGCGAAUAUACAGAAUGAAUUGAGCUGUAAAACUAGAUCCUCUCUUGUUUUCACGACCCAAGCUGAUGAAUUUAAGUUUAUUCACAGCUUUCAUUACGACGCAUCUGUUAUCCUUUGUCAGCUCAAGGGGUGCUUACAAAAACCUCCAUCCUCCGUUAAGAAUGAAGGUAUUUGCUCUCCUGCUUGCCUUCCUCUCUCUCCUCGCCACCACCACCAUCACUGCGGAGGCUGCCAAUGUCAUCUCCAAAAAUGAUCUCACGGCCAUGAUGCUCACUGACCUCCUCCAGUUUUUCCAGCACCGGAGGGCGUGUCUUCUGGCCUCUAAAGCCUCAGACCAACAGUGGAUGCCUCAUGCUGUGUGGCGAGUGACCCGAGCCUCCAACGCCUUCCUGGCCGUCCUGAGAGUCACUGAGGUCAACAGUACCAAACACAGGGUCAGCCGAGGUCAUGAGUCAAUGCCCAGCGACUGUGAGGUUCUAGUGACACACCUGGCCACUCGGGAGGAUGUUUAUCUGUUCGGGCAGGUAUUCUCGGCCCAGCCCUCUGACGCCACCUGGUUGGUCGUGACACCUGCCCGCGAGGUGACGCAACGACUUGGGACGCUGUACCUCCCCCUGGACAACAGAGUGACAGUGGCGGUGUACUCCCCCGAGCCAGACAACACUACCAUCUCGCUGCUCAGCUGUUACCACAUCCACGAGGGGGACGUCCUGAGGGUUAAGAGGGACGGCGCUUGGUACUACAACAGGACAAACAUGAAUAGUCAAGAGAAAGAGACAAACGGAUGCAACAACAACAACAACAACAACAACAACGAAAACAGCAAUGAGGGCACUUGCAAGGAGAAGGACGCGCCACUCCUGCUCCGACAGAUGACCUACGGGGUGGUGGAGGUGCUGGAGGGUGACCCGGUGCUGAGGCGACGGGACCUGCACGGGAUGAACUUACGAUGCACAACCAUAUCGUCGCCGCCCAGGACCAUUCUCAACAAGGUCCAGGACGGCAGCGUGGAGGUCACGGGCAUUCUGGGGAGCGCCUACAAGCACAUGAUGCAGGUCGCCAACUUCACGUCAACGUGCUUCGCUACUCGUGACGGGCACUGGGGCGCCCUCAAACAGGACGGACACUGGACAGGCUUAGUCAGGGACAUCGUGGAGGGCCAUGCUGACAUCGCCAUGGCCUCACUGGACGUCACGCAGCAACGGAGCAGAGCCGUCGACUUCCUCAUGGUGGUGAUGAGGACCCAGUAUCUCCUCAUCAUGAAACGGCCCACCAAUGACGACCGCAAGUGGAGCACCUUCACGGCAGAGUUUGAGGUGCGUGUGUGGCUGGUUCUCGUCAUGUCCCUUGUAGCCAUCCAUGCCACCCUCUGCCUCACCUCCCUCCAGCACCCCCAGCAACCCCUUCACCCUGGCGACGCCCUCAUGGUGGUGGUGGCAGGACUGUGUGGCCAAGGUACCAAUGCGGUGUUUCGAACCACUUCCAGUCGUCUAGUCUUUCUGACACUGUUGAUGCUGCAAGUGCUGAUCCUGGCUCACUACACGAGCUACCUUGUGUCAUCCAUGGCUGUGGGUCCCCCGCUGCCCACUGUCUCCACCAUCGCUGAUGUCACCAGACACCCACGGCUUAGACUCAGCAUCUUGAGGGGAUCUUCCAUCAUAGAAUACUUCAGGACCUCCAGCAACCCAGAUCACCAGGAGGCUUGGCAGAAGGUGCGAGAGGAAGAUUUUGUGGAAUCUCGAGAGGAAGGGACAGACAGAGUGCUGCAUGAGCCCUACGUGUACCUUGAUGCGGGGCCGUACCUUAACCAACGCUUCGGUGCAGACUGUCGCUACUUCAUCCUGCCCUCGCCCAACUUUCCCUCCAUGAGUGCCUUUGCAGUGAAGAAAGGCUCUCCGCUCAUACCCAUCCUCAACAGCAUAAUUCUCAAGAUGAAGUCAACAGGACUGAUGGCAAAGUGGCACUCAGAGUGGGCGCCACGGCCGGCCGACUGCUCAGACUUUGAGUUUGUCCCUGUGGAGGCAAGUGUGGUGGCGACAGCAUUCCUCUUGCUGUCAUCAGGAGCUGCUCUCUCCAUUGUGUGUCUAGCAUGGGAGAGGAACAAAGCUAGGGAGAAAAAGAUGACCUACUCUCGGCCUAAAUAACAGGUGAAGUCAAACAACUGUGCUUUGACAAUUACAAAAGUGUGUGACCUUAUUACAGAGCUGAAAUGGUUGAAUACUCCUAGUUUGGAGGGAAUUGUGGCCAUGUGGUCUUGAAACAUACCUAGAACACUUCAGCUCUAUCUGAUGUUUAGUGACAGUUAUCUUUUCAGCUGAACAUUAUGAGUAUUUCCAUAAAACCUGCCUCCUUGGCUCUCCAUGAGGGUGGAGGCUCUAGGGCAGCCCACUUGAUUUACUGACAUACACAAGGAUGUAUGCAAUCGUGGUUAUAUUGUUUGCCAUUUACUGUAUAAAUACAAUACAAACAAAUAGCAGAA